CUCGUUCAGAUGCUGGUGGCGAAGCAGGAAAGAGAAGAGUGUUGAAACUGGGAGAGUCGACCCAAUGAUCGCCCCAGCUAGGCCUACGUUAAUUCUCGCCAACAACGAGCAAGCUAGCUAUCGUGCAAUCGAUGUUACACGAGAAAGGAAAAGGGGAAGCAAAUGACGGAGUCAGAAACUCCGGGAAGUCCGGAGCAAGAUGGUACUGAUCACCGAGCCGCCGCCGAGCAUUUUGACUCCACAAACUACGCCAGAAGAACUCAAGUCUAUAAAAUUCAGCAAGAAAGACGUAAAGACGACACAGUCGAAUUCUGAGACGGAGAAUGGUGGGAAACCGGGUACCGAACCGCUGCUGGUGGCGGACAUCGAAUCGGAUGGUGCGGAGGGCAGGAAAAAACCGCCACUCAGGAGGUCAAAAGAAGUGGACCAGGCCUCCGUGCUGCAGGCUGGGAGCGAUAAUGAAGGCCGGGCUGAGAGGAAGAAGCUGUCCAAGGCAAGCGACCACUACCACAAACUGUUCAAGGAGGUCAGCAAAGAGGAGCUGCUGAGGCAAAGUUACACGUGCGCCUUGCAGAAGGACAUGCUUUACCAGGGGAAGCUGUACGUCUCUGACAACUGGAUCUGCUUCCAUUCCAAAGUGUUCGGGAAGGGCAUCAAGAUUGCUAUCCCUGCGCAGUCCGUGACCGUGAUUAAGAAAACCAAAACGGCCAUUUUGGUGCCGAACGCGCUUGUCGUGGCCACAGCGGACGAACGGCAUGUGUUCGUGUCCUUCCUCUCCCGCGACACCACCUACAAGUUCCUGAAAUCGACCUGCCCUCACCUGGACGUGGAGAAGCCGGGGCACGGCUCCAAGCAGUCCUCCACAGACAGCAGCUUCCGAUCGGAGCAGCCCUCCUCCCUUCAGCUGGACUCGCUGGAUUUCUCUGACCUGGACGGGGUCGUGAGGAAGAGGAGGGAGGAGCUGGACGGGGGGAUAAGGAAGAGGAGGAAGGGCCACAUGGACAGUAGCAGCUCCGGCUCCCAAACCCCCGAUUACCAAAAACCGGCAGAGUUCCCAGAGUUCCCUGCCCUCCCUCAGACCUACUUCAAAGCGCAGAAGAAGAAGGAGGUGGCGGUACACGCGGAUGUGCACCUCCAGAAGGCGGCAGACCCGAAACACGGACCCCAUCGGAACGGACAUGUGAAACCGGGGACGGAGCCACGCAGGAAGACACCUCUGCACCAGCCUGCAGCCCUGAACACUCUGCUCCUCCUCUACCUGCUCCUAGUGUGUAUCCUGGUCCUGUCCUCCUGUUACAUGGCCUUCAAGAUCAUGUCCCUGGAGGAGCGGCUUGCAAUGCUGGGCUCCCUGGAGUACCCCCAAAAACAAAAAGUUUCGCACGACAGAGACCAGCUGGACGCGGAGAUUCAAGGAGAACUCUCCACGAACCUGCUGAAGCUAGAUAAGGUGCAGAGGAACCUGCGGAAGCUGUUGGAGGAGACCUGAGUUUCCGGAACAGUCCGGGGGGGGUCACGCCCACACCUUAGUCGCGAACGAGGGAGGGGGACGCCACACGAUGCCAUUUUGAAUCCAAGCCUGGUGUGAAUCGGGUAGCAAAUAGGAUGAAAUCUUGCAUGAACUGGCCCAGUGUGAUGAAACCUCAUGUAAAUUGGACAACAAAUGGAACGAUGUCUGAUGCCAAUUUGUCGGAUGUAAAUUUGGCAGCCAAUGGGACGAUUGUCUGAUGUAAAGGUCCGCAUUUCAUUUUGUGAGCACGUUUAUGUACUGUUACUCCCAAAGUGCGUUCAAGACGGUGAAUGUUAGCUAACGUUAGCCACAGUAAGUCUAAUAAGUAAGUUAAACCUUUUCCUGUUUGUGGCUAACGUUGGCUAGCAGUUAGAAAAUUUGGCGCGCGGUGAACAAAAAUGGCUGCCGACAGUGAUGACGCAGAGAACAAAAUUUGACAAUCAUUUGGCCGUUACAAUGCUCUUAAAAAAAAUAAUAAUAAUCCCAGGUAAGCAGUUAAUCAGCUAGCUAGCAUUGUUAGACGCAUCCAUUUAUAUUUAAAAGGUGUUGGUUGGGGAUGUUUGUUUGUUUAAAAGUGUUCAGCAGUACCUGUUUGCUGCGUAAUUCUCCAUCUUGAACACACGUCUGCUGUCUUUGCACUGUUAUAAAGCUAAAUGUAGAAUAAAGUGUUUUAUUUUCCAUAA